UAAUUAUGGGGUAUUCAUAUGGUGGAGAGGAUUUUUCACAUAAUUUCGACUUAAUUUUGAGACAAAUUUUGAUUUUUUAAAGUUAAAUUUUAUAAACUUUGGUGUAUUUUUUCUUUGGUUUGAUUUGUAAUUAAAUGUAGAUCCGUAAUGUUGGCAAUUGACGUCAUAAUGAGAUGAUCUUGUGACAACUGUUGGUGUGGAGAUUGAAGCGUUGGUUAGAAAAUAUUUGAAAGUACAUUUAGUGACAACUAAGUAUGAAAAUGAGUUUUUUUUGGAUUCUGCAUUCCAAGCGUUAAGCCGAUGUCAUCACUGAAAGCUGUUUUAAAACACAAUGAACCACAAUAUUCACUGCAUUUAUAACCAUUUAAAAAAUAACCGAGUAUUUCAUACCGACCGGAUAUCGAUCGCCAAGUAACUAUUUUUGAUGGAAACCGUACACUUCAAAACAGACGCGAGAACGAUAACCGACAACGGCAACAACACUAACAACAACGAUAUAACAAACAGCAGGUAUGAUUUUCAGGUUUUUGUUGCCAAGUUCACGUACGAUCCAUUCCACUUGUCCCCAAACGAUAAUCCGGACGCUGAACUUUCAUUUUUGGCGGGAGAUUAUUUAUUCAUUUACGGAGAUGUUGAUGAGGAUGGGUAUUAUGAAGGAGAGUUGAUGGAUGGAAAGAAAGGAUUAGUACCAUCCAAUUACGUGGAAAAAGUUCCAGACGAUGAUUUGAAGGAUUUGGAUCGCGGGGAAACAAACGGAUACGAAUAUGACGUCAUCGGAGAUGGACCGCCGGUCGGAAUCGAAACUACCGAGCAACCGGUCAUUACUGAGAUAAUCGACAAGCUAUCGAUCGUACCUCCACCAAAAGACUUGCACCAAGAGCGUCAGUUAAGUUGUAGCUACGUCGUGGCCUGGUUUUCACCAGAGGAAAGUAUUCUUGCGGCCGAAAACAUAUACAUAGAAUCGUACAAUGUCUACUGCAACGACCAACUGGUUUGCACCAUACCAAGAGGGGAUAGGACGAAGGCUCUUCUUGAAAAACUGGACACAACUAAGAGUCAUCGAGUGAGCGUUAGGGCUGUCGCAUCGGACGGUCGAAUGUCCUGCGAACAACUCUGCAGCAUCACCAUCGGCAAAAACGCCAGACUAGCCCCAUCAGCGAUCGAGGUAGUGGACAUUGCAAAAAGAUCAGCCACAGUUCAGUGGUGUGUCGCCAGUAGCUACCUCCAGCAUCGAGUGAACGUGGAUGAAAGAUGGGAUCAUAUCCUGGCCCCCGGAGUAUUCAAAUGUCUUAUUUCCGGUCUUCCACCAAAUUCCUCUCAUACCGUAAGCAUAAGUUGCGAGGUCAACAACAAUGAGGAAAGGGCUUUCGCGUCAUCCUCUGUUUCAUUCGUCACUCUACCCAGAGACUUUCCAGACCCGCCAUCCGAGGUUCAGGCAGAUAUAGGGCCCCAAAAAGGUACCAUUCUGGUGACGUGGGUGCCUGCCUACAAAGAGCCACUGGAUGCCAAGCACAAGAGGACCAACAUCACGGGCUACAAUGUCUAUAUUGACGGGGCAAAGGUCAAGCAGCUGCUCAGUCCGACGAGCGAUCAUGUUGUUUUAAACUGGAAAAGCUUCCAGACAUCAUCAAACGAGCCCAGAAAGUUAACAAUACGUACAACCACCGACAGAUGGGAGUCUCCGGAUUCGACUCCUCCCACUACACUAUCUACCGCUCUCGUGCAAGAGGUAGUAAAGGGUCGUCCCAUUAAUUGUUACCAGGGGGGUGACAGCAUUCGAGAUAGUGGAUAUGGAAUUGAUGAGAAGUUUGAUGAUUACGACGGAGUGGGUUGUAGUAGUGGUGGCGGCAUUCUUGGCGCUGGUAGUUCCAGUACCACUCGUUAUGAGGUGAUUGGGUCUGGUGGCCGCCACAUUGUCUCUAAAAGAAAUAUUGCCAGCGAGGAAGAAGAAGAAGAGGACGACGACGACGAUGAUGAACAAAUAACGAGAGAAUCGAGCUUAUCCGAGUCGAGUACAGAUAGGGCGAUAAAUCAGUCGGAUAAUUCCAAACUGAAAGAUAAAAAGACGCAAACCUCGCCAAAAUUGUUGAAAUCGUUAGACAACAACAACAACAACAACAACAAUAACAACAUCAGCAACAACGUAAACAUGGUUUCAAAGUCGACAACAACGACGCUAAGGAAGAAGAGAGAUUCGUGCGUGGGCAGCGAUGACGUCAUGCCUCUGCAGCAGCAGCAGCAGCUACGCUACAGUGACGCUGCUACUACAACAAACACUUUUAGAAAGAAGGAUAGUAAAAUUAAGCCUGCAUAUGAAGAGGACUCUCUGCUUGGUAGCGAUAUUGAAAAAGUUGACAUGAACAGGGUGCGCUUGUUUGUUGGUUUGUUCGACUACAACCCCCUCUCUAUGUCGCCCAACCAGGAUUGUUCAAAUGAGGAACUGCCCUUCUGUGAAGGUCAACUUAUCAAGGUCAUAGGUGACAAGGACGCAGACGGAUUUUACAUGGGUGAAUCCAAUGGAAUGAAGGGCCUGAUUCCAUCAAACAUGGUCACAGAGGUCCUGGUCUACAACCCCCUCACAGCCGAACAACUCCUCAAAGACAAUUUGGCCCUCUGCCGAAGUAAAAAUUCUUCCCAAAAAAGUAAAACGCUUAGUAUCGGAAAUAGUAAAAAGUUACCGCAGUAUCCGGUUAUGCAGGGCGGCAAAGAAAAAAAUGGAGCCUACGUUGGUGGGAGCGGAGGAGUUUAUAGGGAUGGGUGGUCGUCUGGUGCUCGAAUAGCCCUGUCAAACAAUCGGCCGAGAAGAAUGGUGGCCAUCUACAACUACAACCCUGAUAAGAACCUGCCAGCCACUGAUACUGAAUACGAGCUGUGUUUGAAGCAAGGCGACAGAGUACUGAUAUUUGGCGAGCCAGAUGAAGAUGGUUACAUCAAAGCAGAAAUUGGUUCAAGAAAGGGCCUUGUACCCCUCAACUAUUUAAGACCUGCAACCCCAAUUUCGAGACCACCAAAUCCUCAUUAUCCCCCGAAAAGCAAAAUGGGUGGUUACCGCAGUGAAGGAGGGAAAAUGCUCCCUCCCUAUGGUGGCGUAGGUGGCAAGUACCGAGGUGAUGUGAGUAAUAUGAACCGAAUGGCGGGAAAGUAUGGAGUGGGCCAGCCAGGGCAGUUCUCACAGGGACAACCUCAUGAUGGGACAGUUUCUCAGCAGCAAUCUUUUUACGACCAGGGACAGGACUAUGGACAAGCGCAGCAAGAAUUUCAACUAGAUUAUCAACAACAACAACAACCUCAACAACAGCAACUUCAACAACAAGUUUAUCCACAACAUCAGCAGCAGCAGCAACAACAUCAGCAACAACCUUAUCAACAACCAAUACAAGCUCCUUACCAGCAGCAUCAUCAACAGCAACAGCAGCUUCAACCUCAGCAGCACCAUCAGCAACUGCAACAGCUACCACAGCAGCCACCAUUUCCGCAGCAGCAGCAUCAGCAGCAACAACCUCAUUUACCGCCAACAAUGCCCGCACAAAAUUAUUGUUCAAUCUCAACAUUAUGAACAAUCCAUUUAUAAAACGUGAUUUCAACCUGAGUAUUAUAUAUUAUAUAUAUUAAUUAGUAUUUAUAUAAUAACAGCACAUUUGUAUAGAUUUAUAAGUAUCUACCUUUUAUAUAUGAAGCUUUGAUGUCUUGCUGUACGUUGCACUAGUUAAUAUUUUUUGUGAUUUAGAUAAAUUAAUAUUUAUUAAUCAUUGUGAGAAGAUCCCACCAAAUACAAUCUAUUUUAGAUGUCCUAGCUAGAGAUUAAAUUAUUCCGACAUAUUAUUUUUUCUCAAAUUUUUAACUCUCAAGUUUGUUAUCUCAAAAAUUUCCUGGUUUUAGUUAUGCUUGAUAUAUUGGUUAUUACUAUUCAUAUAAUCUUUUAAAAUAAUUACACGGUGGCGCCGUAAUAAAUCAAAUAAAUGAUUAGUUCUGCUGCAUUUAUCAUACGAUCGAAAUUUCAAAUAAUCGCUUCUUAUUAAAAUUCAAUAAACAUCUUUCUAAAUUUAUUAAUUAUAACCUUAUUUAUGAUUUCUAAACGAUUAUUUUUCUCUCUUCUGUCUGUCUGUCUACUCCAGUAGAGGAUAUAUAUAUAUAUAUAUGGUCCUACAGAGAGAAGGUUUCUAGAAGAGGAGUAUUUGAUGCGAAGUUGUAGCUGUGUGAUUUAUGUAGUUAAAGGUCAUAUACACUCUUCCAAAGUUCAGAGGACUAGUUUCUUGGAUUGGUUUAGUUACUUGGAUUAGUUCAGCGUCUCGAUUGCUGAAUUUGAAAAUUUUCUAACCGUUAUAAAACGUU